CUAACCUUUUUGCGCCUAUUAUAUAAUGAUGAGCGACCCCCUCACACUUUCCCCCUUUUCGCACUUUUUUCUCCUUCGCGCAUUUGCCGAUCAUCCUUCGGAGCUAAGGAAGUUGAAAUUAUGGAUGGCAGAUCGAAUUCCAGGAGCAGUUCAAUCCUUGGAUGCGGCGGAAUGAAGAGAAGUGAUUCCGACUUGGUGUUUGACGAGUUUUUAGCUUCCGAAGAAGACACGAAAGUGCAUCACGGAGCUCAGAUCUUUGGAGCCUCUGAACCUCGCCAUGAGCUAUUUGAGCUUGAGAAUCAGGAAAUUCUUUCUAAUGCAUUGGCGGAUAUUCCCAUAUGGUCUCAGAGUUUUUACUCAAAGCACUCUAACUUCCCUGCACAAAUUGACUCCCAGUCGGCAAUAUGUGUUGACAGCCCGAUAUCGGUCAAUACUACAAAGGGAGAUGAUAGUUCAUCACGUGAACAAUCAGAUGAAGAUGAUCAGGAGAUAGAAACUGGUUGUUGUGAACAAAUCACAAAUCCUAAAGAAAUUAAGCGCAUUAAAAGGAUGGUCUCCAAUAAGUUGUCUGCUAGGCGGUCAAGGAAAAGAAAGCAAGAACAUUUAGCUGAGCUUGAACAACAGGUUGAAUUAUUACGAGGGGAAAGUGAGUCAUUGUACAAACAACUUGCUGAUGCCACUCAACAAUACAAAGAUUCUACCACGAAUAAUCGUGUUCUUAGAUCCGAUGUUGAAGCUUUACGAGCCAAGGUGAAACUAGCUGAAGACAUGGUCACACGUGGCUCAUUGACCUCAAGUUUGAGCCAUCUUCUUCAGAACUAUCUGAACACACCAGACGACUACGCAAACAACAACAUGACCAAUAUAAGUCACAAUAAUGUGUCCCCAAUAAUUGCCCCUCGCGGGGACAAUAAUUUUUCCUACACCGGGAUAUCACCCCCGACCGUUGGACUUGGAAACUCCGCGGCAUUCACUAGCAGUGUCUCAACGGGAGCUGUUGGUGCUGACGGCGCACCGGAAAUGUGGGCUUGGGAUUCUGUUGUCGUGCCGGUCUCUAAAUAGGAGGUAUGUUUACUCGACUAGUUUUAAUUAUCCUUAUGUGUUUAUGAUGCUUCUUUGUGCUUUAAUUUGGACGCCUAUUUUGCCCAUCGGUUGUUUAUAUUUAUUUGCUAUUUUUGCCUUAUAUUGGACUUCUUGUUGUGUAUAAAUUGAUUGCCGCUGGUUUAUAGUUUGUAGCUUAAAUAA